AUGUUCAAACAGCUGUCACAAAUUGGUAAGAAUCUUACCGAUGAAUUAGCGAAGGGCUUAGCCGAUGAUAUGAGCCCUACCCCGUCAGAACAACAAAUCGAAGAUGAUAAGAGUGGCUUGCCAAAAGAAAUACAAGCUAAAUUAAGAAAAUUUGAGAAAUAUGAACAAAAAUACCCUUUGCUACUCUCCGCAUACAAAAAUGAAAAAUUAAAGUCAGAGAAGUUAGAGGCUGUUGAAAAGAUUUUAGCGGAAAAUACACCCAUAUCUAAUAUUGACGACGCAGUGGAUACGUUGCCAGCUUUUUUCCAGGAUUUAAACAACAAAAAUAACCUAUUGAAUGAUGAGAUCAAGAGAUUAACUAAGCAGAACUCGGAAAUUCCAGAAAGCGCCUCUAGUGAAACUCUGAAGGAUAAAGAAGAGGAAUUUUUGAAAAAAGAGCAAAAUUAUAAAAAUGACAUAGACGAUCUAAAAAAAAAAAUGGAAGCUUUAAACAUAGAAUUGGAUACUGUACAAAAAGAAAAAAAUGAUACUGUUUCAGGUUUGAGAGAAAAAAUAGUUGCACUGGAAAAUAUACUAAAGGAAGAAAGGGAGGCCAAAAAACAGAAAGAAGAAGUAUCUAUAUCCGAACUGAAGGAAGAAUUGGCUAUAAAGAACCAUUCUCUCGAGGACAGUCGAAUGAAGAUAACCGAAUUGGAGCAAAAUUUGUCUUCGAAAAGUACUAUAAUGGAGGAAAAGUCCUCAGAGUUGGCAGAACUAAAUAUUACUUUAAAAGAGAAAGAGCGCAAGCUGAGUGAAUUGGAAAAAAAAAUGAAGGAGUUACCGAAGGCGAUAUCUCAUCAAAAUGUAGGAAACAAUAACAGAAGGAAAAAGAAUAGAAACAAGGGAAAGAAAAAUAAGGGAGGCAUAACUACGGGUGAUAUCAGUGAAGAGGAAACGGUCGAUAACUCAAUCAAUACUGAAGAAUAUGAUAAGCUUAAAGAAAAUUUGCAAGAAUUACAAGAAAAAUAUAAAGAUUGUGAAGAUUGGAAGCAAAAGUAUGAAGAUAUAGAAGCAGAACUAAAAGAUGCUAAAGAAUUGGAAAACUCACAGCUCGAAAAAUCAGCAAAGGAGCUGGAAACCCUUAACACCGAGUUGAUCGAUACCAAGAAGUCAUUGAAAGAAAAAAAUUCGGAGCUAGAGGAGGUGAGAGAUAUGCUGAGGACUGUAGGCAAUGAGCUUGUGGACGCAAAAGAUGAGAUUAAAGAGUCUUCGAGUAAACAAAAUGAAGAAGUGAAAACCGUUAAGCUGGAGCUCGAUGAUUUACGCCAUAAAAAUGCAACGAUGAUCGAGGCCUACGAAGCUAAAAAUACUGAGUUGAGAAGUAAGAUAGAGUUAUUGAGCAAGAAAGUAGAGCAUCUGAAGAAUUUAUGUACAGAAAAGGAGAAAGAGCAGACUACAUCGCAGAACAAGGUAGCCAAAUUAAAUGAGGAGAUAUCUCAACUUACCUACGAAAAAUCAAACAUAACAAAGGAGCUUACUUCUUUAAGAACCUCUUAUAAACAAAAGGAAAAAACUGUGAGUUACUUGGAGGAACAAGUUAAACAAUUUAGUGAGCAAAAGGACGUGGCUGAAAAAUCCACAGAACAGCUGAGAAAAGAUCAUGCUAAAAUUUCUAACAGAUUAGACUUAUUAAAAAAGGAAAAUGAGACACUGCAUAAUGAUAUCGCAAAGAAUUCUAAUUCCUACGAGGAGUAUUUGAAAGAAAAUGGUAAAUUAUCGGAAAGAUUGAAUAUUUUGCAAGAAAAAUACAAUACCUUGCAAAAUGUAAAAAGUAAUUCGAAUGAACACAUAGAUUCUAUCAAAAGACAAUGUGAGGAACUAAAUGUCAAGUUGAAGGAAUCUACAAAAAAAAUUUUAUCUUUAGAAGAUGAACUAAAUGAAUAUGCUAAUAUUGUUCAAGACAAAACCAGAGAAGCUAACACAUUGAGAAGGUUAGUUUCGGACAGUCAGACAGAUGAUUCGAGCAAACAAAAAGAGUUGGAGAAUAAAUUGGCCUAUUUAACGGAUGAAAAGAAUAAAUUGGAAGCAGAAUUAGACUUACAAACAUCCAGAAAGGCCACUGAAUUACAAGAGUGGAAGCAUACAGUAACUGAGCUGAAAUCGGAAAUACACGCUUUAAAGCUUCGUGAAGAGGGACUAAAAUCAGAGGUUGACGCAUUGAAACAUGUUAACAAUGACAUCAAAAGGAAGACUCAAGCCACUUCAGAUGAUUCCGAUCAGUUGGAACAGAUCACAUCUAAUUUAAAACUCUCAUUGUCUAAGGCUGAUGAAAAGAAUUUUGAGCUACAGUCUGCCAAUGAGAAACUUCUGAAUUUAAAUAACGAACUUAACAAGAAAUUUGAUCGAUUACUAAAAAAUUAUCGUUCAUUGUCCUCUCAAUUGAAUGCUUUAAAGGAAAGACAAUACAGUGACAAGUCAGGAAGAGUUAGUAGGUCUGGUUCUAUCGGUACUCUAGCUAACGCGAAUAUUGAUUCCUCACCAGCGAAUAACUCUAAUCCAACUAAAUUAGAGAAGAUACGAUCAUCAAGUUCAUUGGAGUUAGACUCUGAGAAAAAUGAAAAAAUUGCAUAUAUAAAAAAUGUUUUGUUGGGAUUUUUGGAGCACAAGGAACAACGGAACCAAUUACUUCCUGUAAUUUCUAUGUUGUUACAACUGGACAGUACUGAUGAAAAAAGACUGGUUAUGUCUCUGAAGUAA